CAAACGAGUGUUGUGAUGCUAACGAUGUGUCAUCGGAGCUCGGGUGGAAACUGCGCAUAACAGGAGAAAGAAGAGCACCAGACUCGUACUGUUACUUCUGCGGGGGGCAGAUAGAGACACGUCAGUGUGACUGCCCUUGUGAAUUAGCUGUCACCGAGUUAACUCGUGCUAACGGACUCCGGGCUGCGAAGCUGCGUUGGUCGCUCCACCACUGGACUGUUAGCCAGCUGUGCUAACUGGCUGCCUCCCUGUGAGCGGACGGUCCUGACGGGACGAGCAGGGAGACAUGUCCUGCAGCUUGUUGGAGUUCUGUCGGCUCCAGGAGCUCAGAACGGUCCGAGACUUUUUGUUCCACAACCAGAGAGACGAGCCGGUGGAGGAGAAGAAUGAAGCAGAUAAUCAGAUGUCUUGGGAAACGUCUGACUGGGAGUCGUCAUGGGACAAUGGUGACAACCAAGAGGAGGAAACCACCUCCACCACAAAGGUGGAGGAGGAGACCAAGGGGCAGACUGCACCCUGGCUGCAGGACUGUGUAGUCGCCCUGUCGCCCUGCUCUGAUCUGCUAGUGGUCGCCCGUGAACACAAGGCAGUCUUUCUCUCAGCAAAGUGGCGCACAGAUGACAGUGGCAGAGAGGAGAUGACUCUGGGUGUUUCCUGGAGUGGGACCCUCAGUACUGAAGAUGGAGAGUGUGUGAGCAGCUGCAUCUGUAUCCCCCUGGCAAGUCAGAAGAGGAGCUCCACAGGGCGGCCUGACUGGACAUGUGUUGUCGUGGGUUUCACCUCUGGCCAAGUCCGCUUCUACACAGAGAACGGGGUUCUGCUCCUGGCCCAGCUUCUGCACGAGGACCCCGUCCUGAGACUCAAGUGUCGCACAUAUGAGAUCCCUCGUCAUCCUGGAGUAACUGAGCAGCAUGAGGAGUUGAGCAUCCUCUACCCCGUCGCUCUGGUCACCAUCGAUGGCUUCAGCCUCUUUCAGUCUCUGCGUGCCUGCAGGAACCAGGUGGCGAGAGCUGCUGCAGCAGGUAGUGAUGUCAUCCAGCCUCCUCCCCUGGCCUAUAAGAAGUGGGGUCUGAAGGACAUGGACACCAUUGUGGACCACAGUAGUGUGGGCAUCAUGCCGCUGUGUGUGUUUGACCAGAUGAAGAAUGCAUCUAUCCUGGGGGGAUUUACUGCUUCAGUCAAGGGCAACCCACCUGCCAUGAGCCAGUAUGUCACUGUGGGAGGAGGACCAUACACAGGCUUUUAUUAUUCUGUCGAGGGAAGCUCCCAGCCUCUUCUCUCUCAUGUGGCCAUGGCUGUGGCCAGUAAACUCACCUCAGCCCUUUUCAGUGCUGCCAGUGGGUGGCUGGGCUGGAAAAAGAACAAGAAUGAAGACGAUGCUCCUCAGAAACAGAAGCCCAAGGUGGAGCCAGCAACGCCUUUAACAAUCAGAUUUGGUCUCCCAGACUCUCGUCGCCACGGAGAGUCUAUCUGUCUGUCCCCAUGCAACACGCUGGCUGGGGUGACGGACGACUUUGGUCGAGUCUCACUGCUGGACCUGGCCAGGGGCAUCGCCAUCCGCAUGUGGAAAGGUUACCGAGAUGCCCAGCUGGGAUGGCUGCAGGUUCCAGAGGAGCGCAGUGAUCGGGAGUUCUCCCCCCCUACCUCCCUUCCAAGACGGCAUGCUAUGUUCCUCGUGAUCUACGCCCCCCGCAGGGGAAUCCUGGAGGUGUGGGGGAUGCAGCAGGGGCCUCGGGUUGGAGCGUUUACUGUGGGUAAACACUGCAGGCUGCUGUAUGCUGGCUACCGUCUGAUGGGUGUGAACAGUGUGACCAGUCAGGGCUGGCAGCUCCACACACAGCAGGUCUGUCUGCUGGAUCCCGUCACAGGAGCUCUGAGGACUGUGAACAUCCCCUUUCACCUGGCACUUAGUGACAAGAAGAGUGAGCGAGCCAAAGAUAUGCACCUGCUUAAGAGACUGACGGCUUUACUAAAGAGCAGACACGUGGACCCUGAUGUUUUGGAGAGCGAAGGCAAAAGUGUGCUGCUGGAUAUUAAACAUCCUGCGAUUAAAAAGCAGGCUCUAGAGUCUCUGCUGUCAAAUAAGAAUGCUCCUGUCUCCUGUCUCACAAACAUCACAAGCACCUUAUACGACACUCUGAAGAAACAAGACACUGAGGACGUGGAUCCACUGUUACUCCAGCUCUGCUCUUCACAGUUGAAACUGCUGCAGCUUUACAGUGACAUCCAGCAGCUGCACUCUUUUGCAGACACAGAACCCUGCUCUGACAACGAUUCCCUAGAAGGCAUGAAUGAGGAACUGUCCCGUGUUGGUCCCACUCUGCAACGCUACGCCCAGUUCACCUCUAGACCCAGUGUGAGUUUUGCCCAGGACUCCCCUGACUCACCCCUCACUGCUCAAGCCUUUCUCUCCCAGAUGGAGUGCAGCGAGGACGGGCAGUUGAAGGUGAACCGCGGGGCUGAAGCUGAAUGGAAUCAGCUAGGAAACUUUCUGUUCUGGGGUUGUCUGUCUGGAAAAAGUCCAAUACACAAAGUCUGUGACACACUGCAGCAGGCUGGCAUCAGUCCACAGCAGCUACUGGCUUUGCUGCUGAGUGUGUGGUUGCUGAGGGAGAAGGAGGUGCUACAGAAAACAGAGGAAACAGUUAGAAACCUUCACACACUACUCAUCGCCCUCAGCAACAUAAAAGGUGCAGUUGAGGAGUCGUGGGACCCCCAGUCCGUCUCCCCCUGGUGGCAGCAAGUCCGCACCACGUGUAUCCAGUCCCACAAUGCUGCCGCUGCUCUGCUGGCUGCCUUCGUUGCUCACCGCGCUGCCAAGGCUAGCAUCACCAACCACGCUGACACCAAGUUGCAUUCAGAGUGGGAGGCGGUGUCCCUGGAGCUGGAGCAGUGGGUGGUGUGUGUUCGGCAGCUGGAGGACGUGCUCGUGCUGCAGACGCUGCUGUUGGUGCCCCCUCCUCAGGGAGCGGCGGCGGGUGCUGCAUCACAGUGUUCCAUCAAAACGCUGUUGGAGGGAGGCACUGGUGGCAUAGCCGACAGUGUCUCCAAGUGGGUGUUCAGGCAAAACUUGGCUCCUCAGCGGCUGAAGGAAAUUCUCCAGAAGAGAGUAGACAAAGACGCGGAUGACCAACUGGAGCAGAAGGAAAGAGAAGAAGGAAACGAGAAGAAGGAGCAGAGCCAAGAGGACACAGACAGGACAGCAGAGCUGUUGGUGGCGGUGUGGGAGCGGUUCCCACACUCGCUCUCCCCUGACCUGCUCUUCGCCCACUGCUGCUGGGAAUAUGUCGUUCAGUGGAACAAAGACCCAGAGGAGGGUCAAUGCUUGUGCUCGGCUGUGGAACAUUUGAAGUUGAUCUCCAGUCCACACAUCCAACUAGGUAUUUCUACAAUGAUGUGGAGUACUUUCAUUGUCAAACGAUUCUCGGCAGCGGCCUACCUCAUGGAGAAGGUGGGGAAAGCACCCAAAGAUCGUUUAUGUCGAAGGGAUGUGGGGAUGGGAGAUAAAGCCGUGACGUCUUUCCUGGGCUGCUGUGUCCAGCUGCUGCAGAUCCUCAUGGAGGUGACUGGAGAAUUGGUUAAAUAUCACUCCCCUUUGACUUUUAUAAAUUACUAUGCGGACUCGGCGGUGGAGGAGGAGUCCGUUCCCGAGCUGUCGGUGGAGGAGUCGUGGUGCGGAGCGGAGGGCCCCGCCUCCAUAGCCGAGCUGGCCCUGGAGCAGAAAGGCGUCCACUACCCCCUGGUCCAACACCACUGCCUGUUAGCCUCCCUGCUUCACGCUGCCCUGACCUUCAAUCUGAAAGUCAAACCACUCAAUUUGUUUGACAGCAAGGGUAAGAAUGCCUUCUUCAGAGAUCUGACGACAAUCCAGCUGAUGCCCAGUGGAGACAUGGACCCAGGCCUGGUGUCACUACGACAGGAGUUCCUCCUGCGGGUGCUCACUGGCUGGGUGCAGGCAAUAGAUGAUACUUCCAGCUCUGCCUCUGGCACUGGGUGCCCCCCUCUACCAUCCAGUGGCCCUAAAGCUGACUGGUGGCCCUCGCUGUGUCUGGAGCUGGGCUCCCUGCUGCAGGUCAACCCCGACAUCCUGCGGCGGCACCUCGUCUGUGAGCUCUAUAACCAGGGUCUGGACCUCCGGGCAGAGGAGGUGAUGUUAGAAGUGGAGGAUAAAGACGUGCUGGGCUCUCAGCUGUUGGUGCUGACUGGACAGAGACUGAGCUUCAUGCUGCUGCACAGCCAGAGUCAGACGCAGGCUGCUAUGGAGCUUCUGGCCCGCCUUCCCCCCACCCUCUGCACAUGGCUCAAGGCUAUGGACCCCAGUGAGCUGCGCUGCCCCCUGGUCCCUUUGUCCCAGAGCAGUCGGCUGGUCGGUCGUCUCAUUGAAAUCCUGCCCGAGAACCACGCCCAGUACAGCCUGGCCCUGCACCUUCUGGAGGCCGUAGAGGCUCUGACCACUGAGGACUGACCCUAUGGGGGGAGGAAGGGGGGAGACCGACUCCACCACCACAAAUUUACAGAUUGUGGUGAAGCUUACUCACGUGCAGUAUUUAAGAGACUGUCGACACAGGGAAAGAAGAAAUGCGUCCUCAUGUUCUUUGGUCAUUGUCACAGAGGUUUUGUCAUGCAGCUCAUGUUAAUGUGCUUUUAAGUUUUUUAACCCAGAAUUUUUGGGCAUUUAACAUAAAUUAAAUUGAGAACUUGUGUAAUUGAAGUGUUAUUAAGAAUGUCUACAUGUUUGUCACUUUUGCUUCAUUUCACAACAAUGCGACUUAAAAAUCGGUGUCCUUUGGGUCAUAUCAGAGUUCUGUGUGACAUUUCUCCUUCCUUCUUCCCUCUCACAGACAAGAGAUGUAUCAUAAAGAAAUAUGGACCUUUAUUUUUUAUUUAUAAUAUAGAGACAGUACUGUACUAGCUGUGCCUGUACACCGCCUUUUCUGUAGUCCUUACGUCCAGCUGCUCCCACUGGGCUAAUCCAACGCAGAAUAAAGAGGUUUCUAAAACUGCA